UGGAGUGGGAGAAAAGACGGGGAAUUACACUUAGCAGAAAAGACACGCAGAGGGGAGGACACACUUCCAGGUGGACACCCCCAGUCCUCGACCAUCUCUCCCCUCCAGUCCUGCUGUCCGUGUCGUGUCCGUGAGACGGUCACCGCACGUCAGACUCGGAGGGAACACACACCGCCGUCCACCCUCUGAGUCCAUGGGGUAACAACAGACUAUUGACGGAGAGGCUUUUGUUCAGCUACCCAGAUGAACAACAGGAAGGAGGACAUGGAGAUCUCUUCCCACUACCGUCAGCUCCUCCGAGAGCUCAACGAGCAGAGGCAACACGGCAUCCUGUGUGACGCCUGUGUCAUUGUGGAUGGAAAGAUCUUCAAGGCUCACAAGAACGUUCUUCUGGGCUCCUCGCGCUACUUCAAGACUCUAUACUGCCAGGUUAAAAAAGGGGCGGAGCCACACCACCAGACUACAGUCACUCACCUGGACAUUGUGACUGCGACAGGCUUCAAAGCCAUCCUGGACUUCAUGUACUCCGCUCACCUCGCUCUCACCAGUAAGAACGUGAUUGAAGUCAUGUCUGCCGCCAGCUACCUACAAAUGACAGAUAUUGUCCAGGCGUGCCACAGCUUUAUUAAGGCCGCCCUGGACAUCAGCAUCCGCUCUGAGAUGGCGGACGAACUAUCAGACUUUGAAAUGGGAGCUGUCACCGCAGCCGGCAUAGGAGGUGGCAGUGGGGGAGGCGUAGGAGGUGUUGGUAUCACAGGAGCAGGAGGAGUAGCCGGAACAGGCUUAGGAGGAGGUGGGAUAGUGGGCAUGGCCUCCGAAGCGCUCGCCUCCAUCAUGUCUGGUCGCAGCACCUCCCCCUGGCUGGCGCGCCGCACCAGCCCUGCCAACUCCUCCGGGGACUCGGCCAUCGCCAGCUGCCACGAGGGAGGCAGCACGUAUGGCAAGGAGGACCAAGAACCCCCCAAGAGCCACGAGAGCCAAGAGGAAGCUUGCCAUGACUCCCAGCCUGCUUGGCCACACGACUACAGGCCUGUCAGCGUUAAAGAGGAACAGGUGUCCCCUGCUUCUUCCUCGCAUCCCCGGGACACCCCCAGGGGUGCCGCUCAUAGCCAAAGGGAUCAGGUGGCAGGGGGCACGAGCGCAGGUGGAGAUGGACCCUGGCAACCCUUGACAGGGUCAGGGCGGAGGAAGAACAGGAAGAACAAGGACACAGUCAGACAUAUAACCCAGCAGGCCGAGAGGAACUGGGACAGGGACAGUAGGCCUGGAUCCCCUCUGCCGUCCAUGCUGGCUGUGGCUGGCUGGAACUACAAUGGACAGGAUAUUCCAAGCGCAGACGUGACCGAGGCCAACAGCUCCGACAGCCGCAGUGAACGCCUUGACUUUUUCCUCAAACAGGAAGAGGCUCUUGCGGCAGAGCCGGGCUUCCUGGGUCCCAACGAAUCAGAAGAGGCGAGCGGAGGAGGAGGAGGCGGUACGAUCUCAUCGGUGGCCAACCUGAAGGCGGCACUGAUGAGUAAGAACAGCCUGCUGUCGCUGCGGGCUGAGAUGAUGGGAGAUGAUAACCCCUUGCUCUUUGAGUAUCUGCCCAAAGGAGGACACUCCUUGUCUUGGCUCCGCUCCAACAACUACUGCAGCACACUCCGGCCAGGGGCCACAGGGGCCACUAUUCAUAACAAACACGGGGCUGGAUCUUCUCCUCCUCCUCCUACUCUUCUUCCUCCUCAUCUUCCACCAACACCUCCACCGUUACCGCCAUCAUCAACAUCAUCCUUUCGUCCACCCACUCCACUGCACCCCACUGAGCCCCGGCCCCUGGAGGCUCCUGGUUUGCGGACAGGGGCAUUCCUGUUGCACUCGGACAUCCUAGACAUGGAAGUGGAAGAGGCCCCUGAGGGCCCGGCGCUCUCCACCUUGCCCGAGGAUGGUGGGAAAGACAAAGAAGAUCAGGAGGAAUACAACUCAGCCUUGGAAGGUGACCAGUCUCCCAGUGAGAGGGAUCAGAUGGCCAAAGGGAGUUGUGCUUCUGGUUUAACAGUCCCUACAUUCACGGCUUCCAGAGCGAUAGAAGGGCUGGCAGUGCCGGGCACGGAGGCUCGAUCAGACGUCCUACCAGAGCCCGGUGCCUGGACCUCGCAGGGGUUUGCUUGCUCUCUGUGCAAACGGCUGUUCAGCAGUCUGGACCAUCUCAGGGAGCACGAGUACCGCCACACCGUGUCUCUCAUGGCCAUGUCCUUGGACUGGUCAGUGAAUGACUUCACGGUGAUCCGCAAAAAGUUCAAGUGCCCCUACUGCAGUUUCUCUGCCAUGCACCAGUGCAUCCUGAAGAGGCACAUGCGCUCCCACACCGGCGAGAGGCCGUACCCGUGUGAGAUCUGUGGCAAGAAGUUCACCAGGAGGGAGCACAUGAAGAGGCACACGCUGGUGCACAGCAAGGACAAGAAGUACGUGUGCAAAGUGUGCAGCCGCGUCUUCAUGUCGGCCGCCAGCGUGGGAAUCAAACACGGCUCCCGCCGCCACGGCGUCUGCGCCGACUGCUCCGGUCGAGGAAUGGCGGCGCUGCUGGAUCACAGCGGCGAGGCGGGAGGAGACAUCUCUCCCGAGGAAGAGCUCUACCCGGUCGAUCGCUUCCACGACGACCAGGCGGAGUGCGACGGCGACGGCGAAGAGGAGAUGAUGGCGGAAGGCGACGGAGAGCUGGUGGGCGAGGGGGAGGAGGAGGCGGCGGCCAAGUGGAAGGACUCUGGGAUGGCGGGCCAGACUCGCCGAGCGCUGGACACUGAGAAGGAGGAGAGCGACUCCUCGGCGCAGGAAGGCGAGCACCAGAACGGCAGUGAGAAAGACUUUGCUUGGAUCUCCUAGAAGUCAUGGAGUCUUCUUUGGGAUCACAACCGAGUCCGCAGACCUUCUGGGAUCUUGCAGGCCUCCUUUCUCCUCUCGCUGGCCGGAUUGGGGGGCAGUUUAUGAAUAGUUAGUACACACACACACACACACACACACACACACACACACACACACACACACACACACACACACACACACACACACACACACACACACACGGUGACAAGAUGGCGGAGGGAAAAGCUUCUUUCUGCUUCUCGCCUACUGAAGUCGUCUUCUUGUUGUUGUCGUGAAAGCUCUCGACUCAACGUUGUGUGUUCGCCGUCACAAUCGCCAUGGUAACGGUGGGCCCUCCGACGUGAGAGGAGAUGUGAAUGGACCGCAAAGCCCCACGGGAGGAGACGAGUCCCACUGCCACAGACUUGCACUUUAACCUCCAAGCUCCUCUCGGACCCUGGCUUCACGUUUGACCUCCAUCUUGGCGAGCGCCGCCACCUUCUUCACGGUCCUGCCGACUGUUAGCACCCAGUCUGGUCCCCCGGGGUCGCCUCUGACAGGUGCGCACCAGGCGGGACAACCUCUGUGCUGGGACGGCCGCCUUUGUCGCCUUUUCCUUUCUGUUCUUCUCGGCCACGCCAGAUUGUUGAAGGUUCCCACGGCCAUUUUGCUUGCUUUGGUAUUUAUUGAAGGAGCGUGCACUCUGCAAGUGGUGGCCUCUCCCUGGAGUGUGGGAGUGGGACGUAUGCAAGGAUGCGUCUUAUUCUGAUUAGCCCAACUAUGAUUACUGUUGUUGUUGUUGUUGUUGUUAUUAUUCUUCUUAAGUGCUGGAUGCUAAGCUUUAUUGUCUUCAUUUUCUAUCUUGUACAGUGGACAAAAACAGCUUUUAUACGUUGCCUUGUUGUGGAUAGCAAGCCAUGGAGGCUUUGGUCGACCUUCUUAUCGUCGAUGCUUUGUUCCGUCACACUUGAUUCUUCUCUCUCGCAGGGGACGAAACAUGUCCACCGUAACGAUGGUGACAUUUAUUCUGCACACGCUUUUGCAUCACGAUAUCGAACCAAAAACAAGUGCUUUUUGUUCCACGGUGUGUGUGUGUGUGUGUGUGUGUGUGUGUGUGUGUGUGUGUGUGUGUGUGCGCGCGCGUGCGUGCGUGCG